GCUUAUUACCACUCCUUCUGCCUUAGUUGGCCAAGAAUAGCCCGUGCCACGCAUGAGCUCUCCUCAUCACAUUUUACUUACAACCACUCGGGCCUCAACCUUCCCUGCGAUCGGGCCGCCUGAGUUCGAAUACCGUCCAAACCAAUUUUUAAUUUUCCAAAUUUUCCCCUCUAAGAUUGUAGAACUUACUGAACCCUAAAAUAAAUAAAAUCCUCUAAACCAAUUAACCAAUCCUCAUUUUUGCAUACUUCUUCCUUCCCAAAUCUCUCGACUAUUUUUCAUUCCAUCGCCGUGAAUUCCACCCUUCUGUUUCUCCGGCGACUUUUCCCUCUUUUUUCGCCGAAGAGGUUAGCUGCGAAAUGGCUGGAGCUCGAUUAGUUCAGCAGAUUUUGAGGAGGAACCUCCAGUCUCAUUCAACUGCAAUUCCAGCUGUAUCGUCCAUUGCAGCAAAAGACCAAGACAGCUCUGGUUCAAAAGUGCUGAGAGCGUUUGCUCUCCUUGGAGCUGGUGCUACAGGUCUUUUGAGCUUUGCCACUGUCGCAUCUGCAGAUGAAGCUGAACAUGGCCUGGAAAGCCCAAAUUACCCUUGGCCUCACAGUGGCAUCCUCAGUUCAUACGACCAUGCCUCGAUUCGUCGUGGGCAUCAGGUCUACACUCAGGUCUGUGCCUCAUGCCACUCAAUGUCUCUGAUUUCAUACCGUGAUCUGGUGGGUGUAGCAUACACAGAGGAGGAGACUAAAGCUAUGGCUGCUGAGAUAGAGGUGGUUGAUGGACCUAAUGAUGAGGGUGAAAUGUUUACUCGUCCCGGAAAACUCAGUGACAGAUUUCCUCAGCCAUAUUCUAAUGAAGCAGCUGCUAGGUUUGCUAACGGUGGGGCCUAUCCUCCUGAUCUAAGUCUUAUUACCAAGGCACGACACAAUGGUCAGAAUUAUGUAUUCGCCCUUCUUACAGGCUACCGUGACCCACCUGCUGGUGUUUCGAUCCGAGAAGGGUUGCACUACAACCCAUACUUCCCUGGGGGUGCAAUUGCUAUGCCAAAGAUGCUCAAUGAUGGUGCGGUUGAGUAUGAAGAUGGUACUCCGGCUACAGAAGCUCAGAUGGGGAAAGAUAUUGUUACAUUCUUGGCAUGGGCAGCAGAGCCGGAAAUGGAAGAGAGGAAGCUGAUGGGAUUCAAGUGGAUCUUUGUACUUUCUCUGGCUCUACUUCAAGCCGCGUACUACCGACGGUUGAAGUGGUCGGUUAUCAAGUCUCGUAAGUUGGUCCUUGAUGUUAUCAAUUAGAGACCGACCCUUUUUUCCCUGUAUUGAUUGUGGUUAGUUUCAAGUGGAAGAAUAAUGUUUCAUCGGAUAUUAUAUCGACUGCCAUGGCUGAUUUGCUUCAAUGAAGUAGCUUGGGGCGUUAUAUUUUGAUUGCCAGGGAAGAUAAUAAACUUCCCCACAUAGUAGAUUAUUCUUUGUUAUAGACUAUUUUGAUUGUACUUCUGCAUGUUCAACAUGUCCAUGUGUUAUUCGUACGUUUUGGCGCCAUAUUACUGCAUGCUUCAACUUUGUUUAGCCAAUUUUGCAUCUGUAAAACAAACUGUUAAGAAUAAAUCUGAAGAACUAAGGCUAUUUUCGGUUCUUACGAAA